AUGAUAGCAAAAACCUCAAAACAGCAACAGGACAUUAAAAAAAAAAACCUUCUGUAUAACUAUUUGAAGAACAGUGAAGUGGUUUCAUCAAUAUUUAAGAACAGAUUUUCGUUUGAAAUAACAAAGCAAGCUUUAAGGUUUAAGAUUCGUAAAGCCGCAUGGCCCCUCAGCCCGCCACGCAGCUCUGCGCCCCUCGGGCCGCUGGCAAUACAGAGCCAGGGCGUUUCACACUGGCCCAAGAAGCGCAGCGGCGGCCCCGGGGAAAGCCGCGGAUAUAAAGCCUCCCUCACCCUUCGCCUUCAGACGGGCUCCCGAAGGGGCAGUCCCCGAGCUAGCCCGCGGGGCCCCGAGCGCCAGGGCAGCUUCCCUCCCCAGAGGCUACCGACCGCGACAUUUUCCAAAAUGAAAGACUGCACCAGAAUAAUGAAGCAUACCUUCCAAAAAUUGGUUUUAACGGCUGCGCCCCGCGGUGCGCGGCCAUGUUGCCGCGGCGCAAGGGAGGGGGGAGGUCGUGCGGGCGGCGGGGAGAGAGCUGCCCUGCGUGGCUGUAAACGCACCUGUUUUUCCUCCCUAACCUCUCGCGUCCCGCAACUUGCUUUGCAGUAUGUUCCAGUCAAGGGAGAUCAUGUAAUAGGAAUAGUGACGGCCAAGGCAGGAGACGUGUUUAAAGUAGACGUGGGUGGAAGUGAGCAAGCAUCUCUCUCGUACCUGGCAUUUGAAGGUGCAACUAAAAGAAACAGGCCGAAUGUACAGGUGGGAGACCUUAUUUAUGGUCAGUUUCUUGUAGCAAAUAAAGACAUGGAACCAGAGAUGGUCUGUAUAGACAGCAGUGGAAGAGCAAGUGGAAUGGGAGUAAUUGGACAAGAUGGCUUUCUCUUUAAAGUUUCCUUAGGUCUAAUAAGAAAACUUUUGGCUCCCAAAUGUGAAAUAAUUCAGGAGUUGUCACAAUUGUACCCUUUUGAGCUGGUGCUGGGAAUGAAUGGAAGAAUAUGGGUAAAAGCAAAAACAGUUCAACAGACUUUAAUCGUAGUAAAUAUUUUGGAAGCCUGUGAGUAUAUGACAGCAGAACAGAGAAAACAAGCGCUUGCCAAACUGUCAGGGAAUUGACUGAAGAAAACCUUGAGGAUUUGUUUCAGAUAACUGUUGGAAAUGUCCUUCCUGCCUGACAACGGGCUCUUCACUAUGGGCAUGUGGUCUGUUGGCCUUGGAGCCAUUGGUGCAGCUAUAACAGGG